UAUAGCUGUCUGUCGUACGCUUGUCUGGUUGGCGAUGGUGUAUUUUAGGGGUAUAAAAUAUUAUUGUGUUAGCUGUUAGUGUUAUCUGUUAUAGACGUCAAAACUUUAAAGUGAUUGUAAUUCAAGGAAUUGAAUGUAUUUUACAAUAGAAUUAUUUUGGGUGGUUUAAGAUUUUCAUAAAAUUAGGUCUUGAUUCCCAACUGCCUUGUGAUGGAAUUCGAAGCUUUUUGCUUAUACCCAUCAAGAUAAAGCAGAUAAUUGUAUAUUCCUGAACCAAUGCAGAAGUAUGAAGAGACCUAGAAACAGAAGACAUAAAUUUAUUGAAUGCUCUUGGUUUCAAUUAUUCACAAAAGUGAAUCAGAGACACUCCUGACAGUAUGAGAUGGCCAAUAGCUAAAAGUUAAAUUUACUUUAGAAAUAUUAAUAUAUUAUACUAGUGUUAUCAUCUGAAAUGGUAACGAUCUGCAACAACCAUCCAUUAAUUUGGAGAUCAUUGUGUUGUAUAGUGUUAAUAAUAAAAACCAUACAAUGCUUAGAAGACCCAACGAGUACACAAAAGUCUAUGACAAAAGAAGAAAAGAACGAUUUAAAGGAAGAAGCAAGAGAUAUGUUCUAUCAUGCGUACAGAGCUUACAUGGAAAAUGCGUAUCCUGCAGAUGAGCUGAUGCCCCUCAGUUGUGCAGGCAGGUACCGAGGGAGUCAUGCGAGCCGAGGUGAUAUAGAUGACACACUUGGCAAUUUUUCAUUGACUCUGAUCGAUUCUCUGGACACGCUGGCCGUGUUGGGUGACUUGGCGGAGUUUGAACAUGCAGCGAAGUUAAUUACACAAGACGUGUCAUUUGAUUCUGAUGUUGUCGUCUCUGUUUUCGAAACCAACAUCCGUGUACUCGGGGGUCUACUGUCCGGUCAUAUUCUAGCUGAGUACUUCCAGGAGCGUGCUGGAGUGUUGCGGUGGUACCGUGGCCAACUACUGCAUCUUGCCAAGGAUAUCGGAUAUCGGCUGCUGCCUGCCUUCAACACUACCACAGGAAUUCCACAUGCCAGGGUGAACUUACGGUAUGGACUGAAGAGUCAGAAGCUAGAGUGGUCCCAAGAGACUUGCACAGCAUGUGCUGGCACUAUGGUAUUGGAGAUGGCUGCUCUCUCGAGGCUCACUGGCGAACAUAUCUUUGAGGAGAAGGCACACAGAGCCAUGGACGAGCUGUGGAAGCUGAGACACCGCAGUUCUGACCUGAUGGGAACCGUCCUCAAUGUGCAGUCCGGAACCUGGGUGCGUCGAGAUUCAGGGGUUGGUGCAGGCAUUGACUCCUACUAUGAGUACUGCCUUAAGGCCUACAUCUUGCUUGGGGAGGAUCGGUAUCUCAGCAGAUUCAAUAAGCACUAUUCUGCAGUGAUGAAAUACAUCAGCCAAGGUCCCAUGCUGUUGGAUGUGCACAUGCACAAACCACACACCAACUCUCGCAAUUUCAUGGAUGCCUUGUUGGCAUUCUGGCCUGGGCUACAGGUGUUGAAGGGAGACUUGAAACCAGCUGUUGAAACUCAUGAAAUGCUUUAUCAAGUCAUGCAGAGGCACAACUUCAUCCCAGAAGCUUUCACUACAGAUUUUCAGGUACACUGGGGCCAGCAUCCACUGAGGCCAGAGUUCCUGGAGAGCACCUAUUUCCUGUACCGAGCUACCAAGGAUCCCCACUACCUGUAUGUGGGCCGUGACAUACUGCGUGCACUCCAGACCUAUGCCAGAGUUCCAUGUGGCUAUGCAGCUGUCAAGGAUGUCCGCACCAACCACCAUGAAGACCGGAUGGAUUCGUUUGUCCUGGCUGAGACAUUAAAAUAUCUGUACCUACUGUUUGCUGAGGACAGUGAUCUGCUGCUAAACCUGGAUGAGUUUCUAUUCACAACAGAAGCCCACCUGUUACCACUUACCCUUGCCCGCAACCAGGCUAACCUUUCGUUCUUUUCAGUAGGAGAUGAGUUGUCAAUAGAUGACUCGGAGUGGGCAGAUCAAUGUCCCAGCCACAUCCGUUUGUUCCCCGCCUCUGUCCGCCAUCCUUUACGUAACAUGGUCAAAGGUUCCUGUCCUCGUUCAGUUGACGCCAAGCCCAGAAAACUAACUGCCUCACAAUUCCAGGCCUCAAAUGAAGAGCAUAUGCGGCUGGUGAAAGAGAUGGGUAUCACUGUCCAAAUUCUAAAUGACGGGAGGGUCCAACUGCUACACACAUUUUCUAAUGCUAAGUCGGUAUCGGAUGCAGAGGAAGGCUUAGUCUUCAUGGCGGAAAUGGUAGAAUUGUCGAAGGCUCAGAAUGUUGAUACAGUGCCUCAGACAGUACGGUACAGCAGCCAAGGAGAGACGGUUACACUCAGUGCUGGUCCAGCACACUUUGGUAAACAGCUCACCAGCUCUGACCAGAUAAGUGGUAAAGUAGGAGUGGCCAAUCCUCUGCGAGCCUGUCAACCUCUCACCAAUGCUGAGUGGCUACAAGGUCGUAUCGCUAUUGUAGAACGGGGCGAUUGUAUGUUUAUUGAAAAGGCAAGGAAGCUACAGCAGGCUGGGGCAGUAGGCAGUAUUGUGGUGGAUAAUGCCCCUGGCUCUGCUGCCACCACAUCUCCCAUGUUUGCCAUGUCUGGGGACGGCACCGAUGAUGUUGACAUUCCAGUUGUGUUCCUCUUCUCCCUGGACGCGUGGCAACUGUUGCAAGCUCUGGCUCAAGAUCCAACAAUGGUUGUCACACUCAGCGGUAACCCUUCAGAAGAAGUAGAGCAAUCUAAUAACUCAGUUGAAUCGGAAGAUGAAGCUCUUCUAAAAAUUAAGAAGUCAAUUCAAGAGUUCUUGUCAACACAAGACCAGACAAAGAAUGUUGGCAAAUCUGAGGUGACGAUGGUGGAUGUGGGAGAUCUAUCCAACGGUCAAGACAUGAUUAAGAUUUCUCGUCGCAACGCGUACCUGAGCAGUGAGGGCACAGCUGUAGUGCCACCGACGAGCCCAACUCGCGAGACCCUGCGUGCCAUUUUGCUGGACAUAUUCUCAAAGCCACAUCCUGCCCAAAAGGACCAAGAUGACAUUGUGCAGGUCAAAUCUCGUAACAGAAUGGUGCUGAAGCAACCAGACGAGUUAUAAAACAACUGUGGUUGUCCAAUGUUUAUUUUAUUUGAAAAGUGAUAUCAAUUGAGUUUUUUUUAAGAGUUUAUCUUUCAUGAAUAUGGGUUUCAGUUUUCCAAAAACAGGGUCUUUAUGUAUUUUGUUGUGCUAGAUUUUUUGUGUGUAGAUAAUGUGAAAACAUGUACAUUACUAGAAUAUAUUUAUUGUAUAUGAAACAUGAGAAGAUGUUCUUGAAGAUAAAUGCAUUCCAAAUGUAACCAUGCUACAUGGUAAUUAAAUUACUGUCUAAAUAAAUAAAUAUUUUGUUAAAUUAAAGAGUUAUUGAUUGAAAUAAAUUUUGUUUUCUUUUUCA